CAAACUCGAUCGUCACUCUUUUUCACGAAAUCGCUCACAAAUCUAAGAAGAUGGGAGUAUUCACGUUCGUGUGCACUGUGCAGAAACGGCAGCGGAUCAUGGACCGCGAAGCAACACGAGGGAGACCUUGAGGCUUUCGCUUCAUCUACCUACGAGCUCCAGCGCAAGCUCGUCCAAGCUGCUCUCUCCGCCGAUUCAUCCGGUGGCGUUCAGUCUUCGUUUUCUCUUGUCUCCCCUACCUCCGCCGUAUGCCAGGUGGUGUUGGUGGUGGAUUCUCUGCUGGAGGAGCUGCAUCGAGUGGAGGUGGAGGUGGUGCGGGUGACUCUGCAGCUGCCCCUAAGGAAGAUGAAAAGAAGAAAGAAGAAUCAGAAGAGGAAGGAGACUUUGGAUUCCAUCUCUUUGGUUAAGAUGGAAAUAGUAACUUGGGAGGUUUUAGUUUGAGCUUCCAAUUUUUUUGUGGU